AUGUCCUCCUUAGGAGAAGACUGUGGGGACUCAGGAGAGGAUUGCAUUGUGCAGGAGCAGUAUAAAAGUGAGCUCUUCUCCUUACUCUCUCAUCCACUCCUCUUGCCCUCUGUCCCAGGUGCAGCUCCAGCCCCAGACAUGUCCUGCUACACCCCGUGCCUGCCCUGCCAGCCCUGCGGCCCGACCCCGCUGGCCAACAGCUGCAAUGAGCCCUGUGUCAGGCAGUGCCAGGACUCCAAUGUCUUCAUCCAGCCCUCCCCCGUGGUGGUGACCCUGCCCGGGCCCAUCCUCAGCUCCUUCCCACAGAACACCGCCGUGGGAUCCUCCACCUCCGCUGCUGUUGGCAGCAUCCUCAGCUCUCAGGGAGUGCCCAUCAACUCCGGGGGCUUUGGCCUCUCUGGCCUGGGCAGUGGCCUCUGUGGCAGGAGCUGCUUCCCCUGCUAAAGCUGCUCCCUGCUCUGGGCUCUCCCCUUGGAUCCACCUCUCUUCCCUCCCUUGACUCAUUAAAUUCUGCUGCAUCCCAGCCCACGCCUCCGUG